AUGCGUGCCGCUUGCUUCGUCCUUCUUGCUUCUCUCGCCUUGGGAGUUAGUGCCAACCUCUCGUGCUUCCAAUGCACUAGCAACGAAAACCCAACUUGCUCAGUUAACGACGAGGGAGCUCUUGAGGGUUUCAAGAAGUCUUGCGAUCCACUUAGCGAUGGGUCAUUGAAGGGAACCGCUGCUAUUGGAUGCCGUAAAAUCACUCAAAACGUUGAAGGAGUUCAAUCUGUGGUCAGAGAGUGUGCCUACUCUGGAGACAAUGUUGAUGGACUCAAGAAGACUGGAAACCACGGAAUUCAACUUUAUUACUACCAAUGCCAAAACGAACAGGCCGGCACUCCAUGCAACUCCAUUGGAACCAUGUCCUCUCUUUUCUCCGUUCUCACCCUCAUUGCGAUCUACCUUCUUCAAUAG